UCCCCUCCUCUCUCCUCCUUUUAGCAUCUGAAAAGACCACUGAGUGAGAAUCGAUGGCGCAGAGGCCCGCUUGACAGGACAAUAAACCACAAAGAAGGGCCUCUCCACCCGCUCAGUGAGGACCGCAGAGAUGCCCCAGCAGAGGGAGGAGGACUCGUCUGCGUCCCGCCGCCCCGGCCUGGCAUCCCUCCUCUGCCGCCUCCAGACACUGAAACCCGGCCACGACUUCCCAUGAGGCCACCAGCAGAAACUCAGCUCGCCCGCUCUGUAUGGGGCCUCUCACAUAUGAAUUGACAUGGAGGAUGAAGAUGGGACUUGUCUACUUGAUGUUUUGUGUGACCCCCAGGCCCUGAACGACUUCCUCCACGGGACCAAUGAGCUGCAGACUGAAGACCUGCUCAUUAACUCGUCCUCCGGGGAGCCCUCCCUCUUCACAGACGCCCCGAGCCCCGUCUCUCUGCUGGGAGAUGGCAGGGAUUCCCCCGACACGCCUCCGCCCGGGUGUGUGGAUCUGUCCUUCCUGGAGGAGGCCCUCCUGUCAUCGCCGGAGGGUGGGGACGACCCACAGGUGGAGCAGAGGGGGGGGACACUUGUGGAGGCUGGAUUUGAGGCAAAGAAGGGAGAGGUGGAGGAGGCGGGGGAGGCAGAGGUGGCGUGUGACAUCCUGCAGCAGAGCCUGCAGGAGGCAGAGAUCACAGAGCAGACUAUGGCUCUGGAGGCCGGUCUGCAGGGGGACAGCCUGUCUCUGUACUCCCCCACCCCUCUCCUCUCCCCCCCCACUCUACCCUUCAUACAUAAGUCUGUGACCUUACCCCAGAUCCCCCCCAUGCUGCCCAGAGACACCCAGGCAGCGGUGGAGCCCCCCCAGCCGUCCCUCCUGGCCGUCGGUCCGGGCUGCCCUUCUCUGAAACCUGUGGCCCCCCCUCAGCUGAGGGGGCUCCUGCCUGGAAACGUGUUCCCCGCCGCCCCCCCAGAGACCUCCUUCUCUCUGAGUCCUGCACAGGGGUCCAGCAUGAUCCUCCACAAAGCUGUCCCCGGUGUGACCGGUCGCCCUCUCCUCACGCCCACCCUCAGAGCAGCAGCGACGCCGGGCAUCAUCCUGCAGCGCGCCCCCCUCGCCAUCCAGCCCAAGCUGCCCAUCAGCAUCCAGCCCCGCCUGGUCCAGAUCAGCCCCAAGCCUCCUGGGCAGAAACACGCUCCUGGUCUCACGUUUGUCCCGGGGACCACCUCCCCAAAUAUUUUACUCUCACAACCUGCGGGUCAGAAGCCCUCGGCCCCCCAGCCGCAGCCCCCCCAGCAGCUCCACAAACAGCUCAGCCUGCAGCUGGUCAACCAGGGGGGCUCCUUCCUGCUCCAGCAUCAGGGACUCUUCCAAGGCCAAAACCAGUUCCUUCUUCCAGGCCAGUCUCCGGUGACGCUCGCUCAGCCCGCCGGUGCUGCUCGCCCCCUGCUGGCCCCCGGCCACCACGCCCCCCCGAUCCACGGCCUGACCCCCUCCACUGGGCAGCUGGUGGACGGCUCUCAGAUCCUCACUGUGCCCCAAAGACAGCUCAGCUUCAGCCCCGUGUUCACCACGCAGACCGGGCAGCUCGCCCUCCGACAGGCCACCGUGCUUUCAGGACCCCUGCAGCUGCAGUCGGCGCCCCCUACCGUCUUCCAGAUGCCUGCACAGCUGGCUGGAACCUACACACCGGGGGGGCAGGGGCAGCGUGCCACCCUGGUCCACAGUCCCGCUCUCGGAAACCACAUCACCCUGAUCAACAGUUCAGGAGUUCUUCCGCCCGAUCUCACGUCCAUCUCGAUCCUGAACGGCCCCUCGGUGGUUCAGGGGCUUCCCUUCGCCGCCCCGGCCCCUCAGAGCGCCAUGGCAGACGGACAGCUGAGCCUCCAGCAGGCGUCCGUGGUGCUGCUGCCGGAGAGAGCCGUGCAGGAGGAGAGGAUCGGCUCAGAGGAGACCUUCCACCAGCUACCACAGCAGUACGGACACGUCCUCCAGCAGGUCCCGGUUCAGCCCCCCUCUGCAGGUCUGCAGCCCUCUCCUCCUCCCCCUCCUCCUCCUCCUCCUCCUCCUCCCCCUCCUCCUCCUCCUCCUCCUGUGGUCACAGUCCUGCAGCCUCCACCUGAACCUCCUCUGGCUCCCGACCCCGCUGUGGAGAUCCCCAAACUCCUGAUCCCCCCCGCAGACCUGAGCCAAACGGUGGAGGAUGCGGCGCACUCCCUGAGCCAGAACGAGGCCUUUAUGCAACAUCUGCAACAGCAAGCACUUAGCUCUCCGCUCACCUCGGACUUGUUGGUCGGGGGUCUGCCCGUGGUGCCGAUGGACUCUCUAAACUCUCCGGUCCCCGAUGAGACAGAGACUCAGCCUCAUGUGUUCUCUGUUCAGGACUCGCACUCUGUGCUGUCUGACCCGUGUGCGGAGGAUUCCCCGCUCCACUCAGACCAGGAGGACACACAGCUGAUCUGCUCCCCCCUCGAUCCGGUCCAGGAAACAGAGACACCAGAGACUCCGGCUGGUUUCUCCCCUCCUGCUGCGCCCGAGAGUUCAGUCCCCCAGACCCCGGCUCCGCAGCCUUGUGGCGAGUCACAAGUCCAGUACCAGAUCCCUCAUCAGGUCUCGCAGGCCUCGUUUGCCCAGAAAGCAGGACCAAUCCAGCCGUAUGUGUCCCAGCCUCAGUCCUCGGUCCAGAACAGUCCGCCUCCUCUGCGCGUCUCGGUGCCUCAGCAGCCGUCUGACCUCACGGCUGCUCCUGCGAGUCUCUCCACAGGAGGAGACGAGCCCGCUGUCCAACAGCACACACACAACAAGCCAACAGCUGCCUUGGUCGUAGAGAGUAAAGCGUUUACUCUCGACGUCCAUCCUUCCUCUCCUGCAGCGCCGGGUCUCCAGGUUCAGGGGCCCCCAGCUCCCAGUGAGGGGGCCCCCACCCAGAAGAGCCAGCAGACCAGCACCAAGCUGGCAGCUCCGCCCGAGCAGCAGAGAGACGAGAGGCUCACACCAGCAAUGCGCCGGCACAGAUUCCAGCAGCAGAUUUGUUCGGACCACCGAGCGGUCCACACCCCCUUCACCGGCCCGGCCUUUCCCACGCUGAAGGACGCUGUCAGACGCCUGCUGCCGUACCACACCUGUGCAGGUCACCUGCCCACUCAGGAUGACUUCACCUCAGUGGAUCAGGAGUUUGACAGUGUGUCCGGUUUCCUGCUGAAACGUACCAAGGACAUGGUGAACAAAUACAGGCAGCUACUGGUGAGAGAAGCUCAGCAGGACAGUCCGUCGGCAGAGAUGGUGAUGUUGGAGCGUCUCUUCCUUCAGGCUGAAAGAAGCUCUUUAGCCGAGGACAGACGGCGAGUCCGCAGAGACCCAGAGUCCUUCAUGAUGGCCUUGGCUUCAUCAGCGUCUUCCCCCAACAGUGCCCCCUCCUCCUCCUCCUCCUCCUCUGGCCCCUCCCACUCCUGCUCCUCCGGCAGCCCCUCCUCCCCCCCGGCCUGGACCCGACUGUCCGACCGACCCCCCGGCCUGAAGACGUACCGCUCCAGCUCCCGCGGGGCCCUCAGGCUCACCAUCAAGCAGGAGUCCGGCUCCCGGAAGGUGGUGCACAACUCGGCCUGCGACCCGGGACUCAAGAGGGACCACACGGGUCAGCUGACCAACGGGGGGGGUGGCGGCGCCGUGACCGAACGCCACCCUCAGGCACCGAACGGAGCGCCCCAGCAUUCUCGGCAGGACCAGGAUGUGUCAAACGGAGCUCUGCCUUGUGACUCAGUAGAGACAACGCCCGGUUCCAAAAGUAAAGCCCCAAAACCUGCUCUCUCCAUGCCGGGGGGGGACGGACGCUUCGAGCUGAGAGGUGACGUUGGCGCCCCCAAACUGAAAUGCUUCAGGGCGGACGCGUCGCCUCGGUCGGAGCAGAGCUUCAGCCCCCCUCCGCCUCCCCCUCCCCCCCUCCAAGAGGACAACAUGCUCAGUGAACAUCUGCAGAGUGCCAUCGACAGCAUCCUGGAGCUGCAGCGCCUGCAGGGCCCCUCCGCAGCCCCGAGCAGGGCGCCGUCCGGCCCCUCACUGGACCAGGCGGUCACCAGCAUCAUGGGGGGGCACCUGUGAGGUAACCCCGCCCCCUGACAAGAUGUCCAGGUGGGAUCAAAACAUAAAACUUCUUAUCUGUUCCUGGAGCUGAAAGAGAUUUAGUUUGAGCGAGCGAGCGAGAGGAGAGAGAGUCCAGAGGCACUAUAAAGAGAAAGCAGACAGCAGCACUAUAGUCCCAUAGGUGUUAGAUACUUCAUUUGAUGUUUGUGGAAAAAAAAAGUCUAUUUGAAUAGGAGCUCUAUUGUUUCAGUGGUAGUGAAGUCAUUCAGAGGUUUACGACACUUCAUCAGCGUAUAGAAUAUAAGAAGUCAUAGUGAGGAUACCGAGCAACACGUGGAGAUUAUUCCAUCCUUUUUAUAAGAUUUCUUUACAAAAAUGUGAACUUUCUUUUUUGCAUAGUGCCAAGCUUCCAGGGUAUUUAUUUUGAUAAUCUGUGCCAACUGUGUUUUCAGAUGAGUUGAGCAAAGCAGCGAGUGUGUGUGUGUGUGUAUGUGUGUGUGCAUCCUGCAGCGGGACAGUGCAUAAACCCCCCCGCCCGCCCUGCAGGCUUCCAUCAUCUCCGCUUAUCGAAUGAAAACUCCAAAGAAUUUGUGACUUGCUACAUCCUGAGUACACCAGCAGACGUCCUUGUGUUGUGUCUCUUUGUCGAAGCAGAAAGAAGCCGAGGGGAACACGAAGAAGAAAGAGAUUUGUGCUUUUUUUUUUUUUCAAAGUUCAGAGCCUUGUUGUUUUUUAUUCACGCUGGAGUCUGACUGUGAAACACUUCCAGUUUUUAGAGACAUGAAAACGUGUCCCAUGUGUGACGUAUUAAUAACAUUUAAAGCAAUAAUGAUUCGGGGGUUUGUUAGCAGCGGUGCUGGUGCAGGAAGGAGGAGGAAAACAAACAGGUCGUUUCCACUGCACGGUGUCGCUCAACUUGAAACUUUUCCAUAUCCAGAGGUCGUCGAUAGACCCUGCUACCUUCUUGGUAUUCUUCGGGUGUUCGGCUGAGGUUCAAAGAGAGCUGAGUAGAUACUAAACGGUGAUUUGGAAACACUGCAGACAACCACUAGGCCAGAGGGGGAAAGGAUUUUUUUUUCAUCGGUUGUCUGCAGCAGCAGCUUUGCAAAGAUCUGAAACACACACACAGCAAAAAGGUAAAAACUCCCUGAAGCUGCAUCUUCUCAGAGAAGAGAUAAAAAUAGUCAAGAUCUUGAGAAAAGGGCGUUACCUUCCUGUGAAGGGUAAACAGAGAAAAUCAAAUGUAUGGAUGCAUGUCCACUUUGGGCUUCCAUAGUUUUCUUAAUUUCUCUGUGUGCAAUGUUGAGUUAAAAAGUGCAAAAUGAGACUUUGAGACAUCUCACUUAAAGGAGCAGUAUGUAACUCUGACCCCUAGUGGUUAAAGUGGGUACUGCAGUCUAAAUUCUAAACAUCAUAGAGAGCUGUCCCCCCCCCCCCCCCUCUAGAGUCCAUGCUCACACAGGUCACCAUGUGGUGGAUACUGAAGCUUCAGUGUUUAUCCAGCUCUGCAUGGGUCUGUAAACCUUUCUGUGUUCUAACCUCUCUCCAUUUUUCAAAAGCAUCUCCAAUAUUGAUCCUAGUUUGAGCACACAAAAACAGUCGAGUCGAGCCGGUGCCGUGCAGUGUGGGAAAACGAGGCCAGACAGUUUUUUCAUGACAGAAGGAUUCUUCUCUCUGUUGUCACUGAAGCCCUGAGUAGUUUAGAAAUCAUGUUUCAAACAUGUGUGAGGGUCACUUCAUGACACCAACACUGCAGGUUGUUUCCCCCCCAACACAGCGUUCAGAACGUCAGCCUCUCUGCAUCAUCAAACAGCCUUUAAACCAAAAUAAAAGACGAGAAAUCAUCCGCUUCACAUUCUCACAUCUACAGUCCUCUUCAUGCUUUAGGUUAUCCGUUUGAAUUCAUCCACGAUGAGUCGAAUAUUUUAACGCAGCGUUUGUGGAGCGAUAAAGCUCCUGCGACCUUUUCUGUUAAUGUGACAAUCUUAUUGGUCCGUUUGGGGAAACUGUCAGAGAUGAGGUUUCUUGGUGUAACUUGUGCAAAAGAUUCUUUCACCUUAAAGGUCAAAAUGUUAAAAAGCUGCACAUUUCUCCUCAAGAUGAAGUGAUAAUGUGUUUUUGCAGAUUGAGGAGGGGGAGAAGGUUCGACUCUGGAUAUGAAAAUGUUUGUGACAUGCCUUAUUGUUUACUCUUCAUACCUUUAAUUUGCCAAAAGAAGAUCAUCGAUGUGAUGUUAGAAACGCUUCCAGAGAUUUGUGGCUACGAUCAAACAGGCCGUUUUAUUUUUUUAAAUCUCAUUUUUAUUUGAAUUUAAACGUCACAUUUUCUUUUGUUGGAAAAAAACAAAAGGAGUUAUAAUAUGCAGUAAUUUAGUGAUGUAAUCCUCGACAGUAGUACGGGGAGGGAAACACGCCAGAGAUUUUAUAAACGAGUUGAGAAACGCACUUUGAUACCACUCGUUGCUCUACGCUGCUUACGAGCCACCAGUUAGCUUAGCUUAGCAUAAGGAGCUGGGAGGAGAACAGCUCACCUGACUGUUUGGAAAGGGAACUAAA